ACACACGGGGAGAACAUGCAAACUCCAUGCAGAAAGACCCUUGUUCCAACCAGAGCUUGAACGCUGGUCUUCUUUCUGCAAAGCAAGAGUGCUAACCACUACACCAACCGUGUGGCCCUGUUAAACAAAGGAGACCCCUUCAGCUACAGAGAAGAUUUAAAUUCAUUUCUUCAGCGACACAGACACCGGCACAGCUUCUGUUGCUUCUAUCUGCUGCAGUGAAGACAGAGACAGACGUUUGUGAGGAGACACCGACGAUGGAUGAAGAUCAGGUGAACAGUGUGAUCCAGAGAUGGAGAGACACUCCCGAAGAGGACUUGAAGCCAGAAGACUACGAGCAGUUCAGGAGUUUGGGAUCUGCAUGUCUUGCUGAGAAUGGUGCUGCACGUAUCCUGAGAUUUAUCGAGGACGAGAAAAACCAGCAGCUCAUGGUGUCUAUGGGUCACACUCUCGUUGCUCCUCUGGUGAAUGAGGUCGUUAAAAAAGAGAAGUGUCCACAUCACUGCCAGGCUGCACUCACACAUCUGACCAGAAUAUGCAGACCUGAUGAGCUUCUGCAUAGUUUGCUUCAAAUAAUCCAGGAUGUUCACCCUACAGUCAUUUCUGAGACCAUCAUCACUGUUGUUCCACUUUUUCAAACAGUGCUGCUGGAGCUGGAGGAGAGGAGGGCAGCCAGUGUGGGUCUGGUUCUGUCUGCUCUGCUGGAUCAGCUGGUCCGGCUGCCUGUGCCUCACACAGAGCAGCAGGAAGUGGACGAUGAGUUCGGCCUGUGUCACUGCUGUGAGGUGUUGGCUCAGUUUGUCAAGUGUUUGACGGAGGACGUGAAGAGGAAAGACGACGACGACGAGAUGAGGGCCGAGCUUCUCCAGUUCUGCUUGAGGACUUUGAGGGAACUGUUGUUGGAGGCUGAGCUGAAGCAAGACAGGAAAUUGUCGCCGCUGUGGCUCUUUGCAACAGAGAUAAUGGCCACGCUCGUUGUAGUCAAAGCAUCUGUGUCAGAGCUGCUGUUCUACGGCUCUCUGAGGAAAAGCCAGUGCAAGGAAUCCAGAGCAUGUCUGGCUUAUCUGCUGUUUGUCCAGCUCAUCACCGUGGACAGUUUUCCGGCAGUGUUCAGUCCUGUGUUUGUUCUGCAGUGCAACAUGGAAUACAUCAGUCAACUUCUCAGCAGCAAAAAGGAAUCGCACUUGCUCAAAGGACUGGCGUUGUGUGCAAAAAGCCUGGAGAAUGUGCAGGACAACAGGCUUCCAGUGAGCCUGCUGGAACUGCCCACUUUUUACAGUGCACCACAGAACCUGCGACGGAUACUCACUGACUGUCCAAUGCAACACUUGAGAAAAUCGGCGCUGCAUGUUUUUCAGCUCUUCAUUGAUAAGCUGGACGUCGAGGCAAAGCACAAGUUUUUCAGGUGUAUGUUAAAAACCAGCAGCCACGCAGGAGUAGAAGGUUACAUCGUGAAGAACAUCAGGAACCAGGUUGAGUUCUCCAUGGAACCUGCUAACGGCAAUAAAUGGUUCCUGGGAGAAGAGUUUCUCUGGUUGUUGGCUUUGGUGCUGUGUGUGCCACAAGCUGCAGAGACAGAUCUGCUCAACAGUAUGGACAGGAUAAUGGAGAGUUUGAAUCUUCUACGCUACCUCGUCAUUAGAGACAAAGAACCAUGGAGCAAAACAGGUGUGUGGGCUGAGCUGUGCAGGAUCAAAGAUGAAUACCUGAAAAUGCUGCGUGUGUGUAUCGGCCUGUCCAGAGGCUAUUACUCUGCUGAGCUCAACGCACUGAGGGAAGAUCAAAAACUUAAAGCUAGAGAAGCCAGAGACGCUGCCAGAUGUGGGAGAUUAGUCAGUGGCAUGACAGUGAAGCAUGAGAAAGUGUCCAACAUGUCCCCAGAGGUUCAGCGUCAGGUGUUGCAGAGCGCUCUGGUGACAUUUGACCUCAUGGAGAGUCUCAUUUUUCGCAUCGACGAGAUCACAGCGGAAAACCUGAAGAUUCCAACAUAAUUCUGUGUUCAGUGAGGAUGAACUGUCCGCAUCAGGCAGAUUAUGUUGUCAUCUUGGCCUAUAUAUCAUACCAAUAUGGUUGUGAAUAUCUAUUCUUUGGAACAAUAACAAAUUAUACACAGAAUUGGUUCACUUUAAUAAAGACAUUUAUGGUCUGUCUUUCUAAUGUGCAUCUUGCAUUGAUAUAAUCUAAAUAAAAACAAUGUAAAGAUUAAAUGCACGGAGCAGGCCAUCAUCAAAACAACAUCUUUCUCAAAUAGACUUUUUGAAUACAUAACCAAGAUUUGGUAAAUUAACUUGGAACAUAAAAUAAAUACUUACAUAAGUUAUUCCGCAAGUAAUUGACCUGACCAAUUAAUCGGUUGCUAAAUUUAUACAUGUAUGUGCAUACAUGGGCAAAAACACAUCAACAUGUAUUUUUUU